AACAACAACAAAAACAGGAGCCGGCAGACGCCCAGCCUUAGGCGACGUCAAUCAAUGCCAGUAUCACAACCCCAACCGAAUAGCCUACGUCUACAAUGGCCAUUUCCCAGGAUAUCACCUGACGAAUGCCUCACUAUAUAAUUCUGGGCCCCAAUUCCUCGGUUUACACAACCAUCUCUUUCGCGUCGCUUCCUCCACCCGCGUUAGAAUACUGAGAUGUUCUUCACUACCUUACCAAACGAGCUUAUCCUCGAAGUAGCCGAGAAAUUGCAGCCUCACGAUUUGACCCAUCUCAUCCGAUCAUGUCGUCGGUUCUCCCAACUACUCAUUCCCACGCUUCAACGGUUUGCACUGAGUCAAAAGUAUGCUUCCGUCGCGCUUUUUUGGGCAGCAGCUCUCGGUAAUGAGCAACUAGUCCGUCAGAUCCUCACGAAAGGUCAUUCCGUGCCUAUUAUUCGGAUGGAGCACGACAGCGGGGGGCUUUCCAUGUCCCGUCUGACCUCCAACGGCCCCGAAAGGAACGAGUUGGUCUCCUUCGUAUUGAAACAAGGGCCCAACCUGGUACUCGAGGAUGGAGACGGAGGAGCACUCCACUGGGCCACCCGACACGGCUACAUGGAUAUGAUAUCGAUGCUGCUGGGCCAAGGUGUCGACGUCCGGUUCAAAUCCCUCGACGACCACACGGCGCUCCACGUCGCUGUCGCAUGGGGGAAUCUAGAGGCAGCCAAACUUCUGCUUGCUCACGGCGCGGAUGUGGAUGCACGAGAUGGUUCUGGGAGAACACCCCUGCACCUUGCAACUGUGUGUAACCACGUCGCAUUGUGGGAAUUGCUGGCCGAUCACGGGGCGGAUUUAUAUGCUGCGGAUGGUUUCGGCAAGACGAUAUCUGACAAGAUUUUUCCAAGGAACGGAUAUUGCGAGGAAGUGGCCAAUUGCUUUGUUUGGUACUCAACCUACGCGAAACCAUCUAGGCCAGCCGUCACAAGUUGUCAGGGAAAGUCGGAAUGAAGCUGGCCCUGCUCGAGUUCUACGUUUUUCGGAUUUUUUUUCAUUUAUAUUUUUUUUUUCAUUUCUUUUCAUCUUUCAUUAACACAUUUAGAUGGGUGGGUGGCGGUGGGGCGAGAUCCUUUUUCAAACUCAAGUGCUGCGUGUGCAGUGAGCGAUAUUCUGGAGAGAGAUCCCUGCGAUGCGCUGGUUAAGCAAGCAUAAUGUUAGGAUACCUUCCUUUCUGGCGCAGGAUCGGGAGCGGCAUACGUUUGCGGCGGGUGGUGGCAAUUGACGGCAAUGCAUGAGAGCGUCCCGAGAUUUCUCUGGGAUGGAAGCAGAAAUCCAGUGGUUCGAGGGUCUAGAUAUUGAGCUGUAAUGCUCGUUAAUUUCCUUCUUUCCUCUUCUCCUUCCUACAUUCAUUACUUUGUCAAUUUGUAAUGUAAUGAUUUUUUUCCUCCCGGGCGCAGUAGGGGGUUCUAAUAUCCCUUUGUUUUGUUUGUUUUUUAGUUUUUAUUCGUUCGUGUAUUGACUCAUGUUGUGUCGGCGUUAUUGUGUUUUCUCUCCAUCCUUAUCGGAGUUAACUUGAUAUUAUUGCUUCUCUAUGAUACAACCAACCAACACCAACCUAACCUUGUUUAAAAACUUGAAAAGCUGAGUUACUCAAGCCAGGGGAUUCACGUGACUCUGUAUUAUUAUUUUUCUUUUCCACUAUCAUACCACAUCAAACUU